AUGUACACCGCUGCUAAACACGCUGCGGUGACAUCGAUAUCAUCAUCAUCAUCAUCGUAUUCUUCUUCUUCGUCCUCAUCGUCGUCGCUCAAACUCGGUUUAACUGCUCCCAAAACUCUCGUCGUGAAAUUUGGAGGACGCAGAAGUGUCGCGAAGAAGAUCGUAAAAGUCAUCGUCCCAAACGGAAGUGCAUUCGAGGAGGGAAUGAUGCAAUUGACCUCGGACGAUGUUUUCGUUCAAGCAUGUGCGCCGUGGGGGAAUCUUUGCGUCUCGUGGGGUACGAAAUACGUCCCCAUCGGCGUUCCUUCCAUCUUGGCGAGUUUGUUGUUGUUCGUUCCUUUAUUCGUCGCAUUGGCGAAAAUCAGAGAGUUAGAGAAGGAAAACUUUCAUCUGAAAGAAGAGAUGACGACGAAGAAAAGAUGA